UGUAUCUGACAUGACGAGAGUUAAGUGGGGACUUCAGCCUAGUGUCUAAGACCCAGGCCGUCGUAAAUGACCUGACAUGUCGGUACAGCUUCAAGCAGGAAGAUGAUUCCUCCCUCUCUAUACAGUCCCUAGAUAUAAUAAAGAAAAGACUAGCUGUCUCCACAGAGUCACAGAAGAAGGCUGCAGAGGGGUCAAGGGAGGAGACCCCGAAAGAAAUGAGUGAGCUGAAGGGUCUACGGCCUGAUAUCCAGGUGGAGAGCAAAGGCUCCAAAGAAAUACAGAAAACUUCGGUAGACACCGAUAAAGUGCUUAAAGGGACUCUGGGUGGAACCUCCACAGGGUCUCCUAAAGAGAAUGGUGAUACUCCUAUAUCUGCCGCAGCAGAACCCAGCGAGGAGAAGCUGGACCAGGAGGCCCAAGAGCCGGGCGCUUCAAACAAGUUGGUGCGAAAAAAUAAGAAGAAACAGAGGGUUGACCGGCCCCGGGCUGAAGAGAAAUACAUCUUGGCCCGAUAUGCCAAAGAACCUGAGCGAGCGAAGGCGGAUGCUUGGGAAAAAGAGACCAAGGCCCUUUCCUUGGCUAGAGCCCUUGAAGAAGCGCAAGAGGAGCGAGAUGAGUUGGAGAAGACUAAGCCUGAAGAGUUAAAGGCAAGAGCUUCUCGAGAUGAUAGGUUGGCUCAAUCAAAGGAAAAUGAGAAAACCGAAGAGGAGAAUCCUCUACAAGAGUCCAAGAAGUCUAAGCCAAAGCCUGUUAAGAAGGGGUCUGGAGAUGGUGACGCUGCGGUGCAGACUGAGGCAGAGAAGACGGAAGAUCUUUCUGCUGAACCAGUUGAGAGACUGAUGUGGAAGCAGAGGCCAAGAGACUCAUGGCAGUGGGUAGCCAGAACCUGCUCCCAAAAGACGUCCCCUCCGCCUGCAAGGCCGUCCAAGUAUCCAGCAGUCUGCUGGGGAAGGGAUAUGAGGAGAUGGACAACCAGUAUGCGGAUCCUGUCUACUACUGUGGGCUGGCUCUCCUGAAUUCUUCCCGAAAGAAGAACAGUGUCCUAAGUGAGCCUCUGGAGAAAAUGCCAGAAGUCGUCGAGUCUGGUGAAGACCCUGGUGUCCCCGGUACCUUCUACCUCGAUGAGAAAGAGGAAAACGACUUAAGAGGGCAAGUAUGUGAUGCUGAGCCCAAGAAAACCAAGGCUGAAGAAGUUAAGGCCGAGGUGUUGGAGGACGUGAAGUCCUCAGAUGCUGCAGUGACCGAAGGAGCGGCUACCGAAGUGGAAAAAACCCACUAAAGAAGCAGAAGUCUCUGAAACUGCCGCCAAAACGGGGGAAACCACUGCUGGAAAGAAGGAAGAAGUGAAUCGGAGGCACGUAAAAGAAGCGAGCGGUGAUAAGCCUGCUCUGCUGAAGGAGCCCUGCAAGGCAAAGGAGAAAGGAUAGGGACAUGACCAUGACUGGGAACAGUUCGGUCAAGAGUUGCAGUAGCCCAAGAAAGGACAUAAGGAGCAUGUGCAGGAACCAGAAAAUCUAAAAAGAGAGCCUGCCGGUCAUAUAAAAACAUCUUCUGAGAGAAAUUACAGAGACCGAAUGCCAAAUGUGGAGAGGAACAGAAAAAAGAAAACAGAGAGACCACGGGUGCGAAAGCGCAUCAUCCUCGCUCGCAAAAGAGAGUACCUGCUCAUGAGAUGGGCAAGACAAUCCCGUAGGUCUUAUCUGCUCCGGAAUAAAUUCAUGUUUGUGACAAACCAAGCGCUGUUGUCCUGGGUCUGGCAGAAUAAGGGGAAGACUGUAGACCAGGUCGAUGCCCGUUCACAAGCAUCUGGAUGUGAUGCUAGUGUUCACCCCUACAGGCUUGAACAAAAAAAGGGGGGUAUGUGAGGCAUUGACAGGCCUCAUAGCUGCUAGAGAUUCAUGGCAGCAGUUUCUGUGUCUUCCCCGUCAAUCAGGUCUGAGGCAGCACCAGGUGCCACAAUCAGUCUGGGAUAAGAGCCCAGCCCAGACUGUCAGUCACGGGAGAGAGUCUUUGUGCAACAGAGUCCUGCUGGAGGCUCUGGAAGAGUGGUCUCAGCCGGGCUGGCCGAGGGGCCACGGGGCUAGGUGUUAGCCUAAACUUUGGGGGACUCCGCGAGGUCUGGGAAACGAUGGUCGCAAGGUCAGAGUCAGGCGCAUUAUGUUACCGGGCAAGGUGUUAUUUUAUAUUUUGUUGCGAU